UGUUAGCACUUUGUAUUUCUUAUCAGGACACUCUAUGGGCGGAGCUACAACAAUACGAACCCUGUCUCAGGAUAAACGAUUUAAAGGAGGUGUGGCCUUAGACUCAUGGAUGUUUCCUGUUAGACAGGAUACAAUAGACUUUGAGAGGAAGAAUUUACUCUUCGUGAAUAUGGAAAAGUUCCAGGGAGAGAAGAACCUGGAAACCAUGAAAAGAUUUGAGAUUUCUCCCGCGGAAGAAUUAGAAACGAAUGUGAUCUCUUUAAAGAAUGCAACACAUUAUGCUCCUUCAGACAUACUCAUCACUCUUCAGAAUGGUUACAUUGGUGAGCUAGCUUUGGGGAAACCCGAUCUGGAAUUUUCUUCCUUCCAGAAUGUUCUGGCCUCAUCUGAACUAUUCCACGGCUGGAUUAAGAACCGGUUAUGUGCAGAAAUGGAAACCUUUCUGACUGCGUGCCGGAAGUAUGAGGAGCGUCUACUGUAUGGAAUCAAAAUGCCGGAGAAAUGAACGCAGCAUUUAAAAUGUUGUUGCGCAAUAGCUUGAUUAUUUUGUCAAAGUUUGAAAAGUGAUACACCGCAAAAUUAACAAUUUAAA